AAACAUCUUUUUUGUAUCAAGCAUCUUCUUUUGAGUUAUUGCUAACUUGUAGUAUCAUACGAAAUGGCUUCUUUCAAGUCCUGCAUGGCAUCAUACACUAGCCUUUGUAUGUUCUUUCUCCUCUUAUCCUUCACCACCACAACCCAUGCUCAGCGUGGGCUUUCUAGAAACUUUUACCGCGCUAGAUGCCCUAAUCUUGUGAAUAUCGUUCGAUCUUCCAUUCGAAACGCUGUUGCCAAUGAUCCUCGUAUGGGCGCUUCGUUGCUUCGUCUUCAUUUCCAUGAUUGCUUUGUUGGUGGAUGUGAUGCAUCAGUACUACUCGACACCCCAGGUGGUGAAAAACAAUCAGUUCACAACGUGGGCUCUUUACGAGGAUUUGGAGUAAUCGACACCAUUAAACAACGACUUGAGAAUGCUUGUCCUGGUAUUGUUUCUUGUGCAGAUAUAUUAGCACUUGCUGCUAGAGAGUCUGUUGUUGUGCUUGGUGGGCCAAGUUGGAAUGUUCGAUUUGGGAGAAGAGACUCAACUUCGAGACCAAGCGCAAGCAUUGCUGAUGGUGAACUUCCCUUUGGCUUUAAUAAUCUUGCUGACCUCAUCCCUUUGUUCAGGCGCAAAGGUUUCUCCGUCAGAGAAUUGGUUGCUCUUUCAGGGUCUCACACAGUAGGGCAAGCUAGGUGCAUACGCUUCCGUGAUCGUGCCCACGGAGAACAAAACAUUCUUCCAAGUUUCGCACAAUUUUUGCAAAGGAUAUGCCCACUUAAUUCCGGUGACAACAAUCUUGGUCCUUUGGAUGUUAGAUCUCCAAAUGCCUUUAACAAUGACUACUUCAAAGGUUUAACCAACUUUCAAGGCCUACUUCACUCAGAUCAAGUACUAUUUACUGGACGUGGUGGACAAACUGAUGGUAUAGUUCGACUCUAUGCAAACAAUCAACGAAUUUUCUUUAGGGAUUUUUCAGCUGCAAUGUUGAAAAUGAGCAGGAUGGAUGUUUUAACUGGCCGUAGAGGGACAGUCCGUAGCAAUUGUAGGGCUCUAUAAGGACGUCCUAAAGAUUGUUGCACCUCGAUGAAUCUAUGCAUUUGAGUUGGGAAAUAUAUUAUUCAAGAAGUAUGUUUGAAAAAACGGCUAUAAAAUAGAGAAAUAUGUCUCAAGAUGUUUUCUUUAAUUAUUAAUUUGAAUUUGUUGUAUGAUGUACAUAUGUAUUAGUAUUCAAACUUGAGCAAUGCACGAGUUAAUACUAAGAAUGUACGUAAUUUAAUUGUUUUAUUGUUGAUCUGUUAGAAUUUUAGCUGCUUUGUAUUUGUGUGUGAUGAAGAAAAGUGUAAUUGUGUUAUUAUGUAUAAUUUUCAUAUUCAAUAUUGUAAUUUAUUUAAAUUUUACAGUA